CCAAAAUCUAAGGCCAAAUCGUGAAUUCUUCUCCAUCAUUUCUCAGCAUGGUUCAUUGAACUAUUAAUUUCCUGUUUCAGAACCAUGAGCGCUUCACAGCUCUUAGGAGGAGCAAUGAACAUCAACCCUGGAUUCACAAAGCUAUGCAAGGGGCUAGCAGUGGUAUUAAUAGGUGGCCACAUUGUUGUGCAGAUUCCUACUGCUGUUUCUUAUCUUGCUCUCAUCCCUGCCAAGACUAUUCCUUUUGGUUGGAAUCUCAUUACAGCUGGAUUUGUCGAACAAACAAUUUAUGGGGUGGUUAUCAACAUAGUCGGUCUUCUUUUUGUAGGGAGGAUGCUUGAACCGAUAUGGGGGGCGAGGGAAUUUUUGAAGUUCAUCUUUGUAGUUAACCUCCUAACAUCAUUUUGCAUUUUCACUGCUGCUAUUUCCAUGUACUACUUUACGAGGGAGGAAAUAUACCUUUACAAACCUAUUUCAGGAUUCCAAGGGAUCUUAUCCGGGCUUUUAGUUGGCAUCAAACAAAUAGUACCUGAUCAAGAGUUGUCUUUCUUAAAGAUUAAAGCAAAAUGGCUUCCGUCCCUGGUAAUCUUGUUUGCUGUUGCUGUAAGUUUUUUAGUGACAGAAACAGCAGCAUACCUUCCUACCUUGAUAUGUGGAACCUACAUGGGUUGGACUUACCUUAGAUACUGGCAAAGGAAACCAGAGACGAACAUGAAAGGUGAUCCGAGUGAUGACUUUGCUUUCUCCACAUUCUUCCCCGUAUUUUUAAGACCGUUGAUUGAUCCCGCUGCAAAAAUUUUUGAACGGAUGCUUUGUGGAAGGAGACUCGAACCCUCUCAAGACCACAGUUUUGUAGACACCGCAUUGCCUGGUCCAGAGUCUCUUGAGGCAUCAAGGAGAAGGGAACGAGGCGCCCGUGCGCUUGAAGAAAGGUUGUUGGCUGCUGAGAGGCUCAAGGCAGAACAGGCUAAAAGGGAGGUAGGAAAUGUGUAGGAACUCAAGAAAUCCAUAUGAACAAACUGAUUUCCUAGUUUUGAAUCUUUUUCUAGUUUACUUAUGCAAGGGCUAGUUUUUGCAUUCCUUGAUCAUGAUCCUCACUAUUUUGCAUUAUGUUAAUUCAUUUAUAGAAGGUAGUUACUUAUUGAUUAGCAUUA